AUGUUUAUGUUCAUGAGUGAUGCAUCGGCUGCCGCUGCCGGCACGAGCGCAAUGUGCUCUCCGAAUGCAAACGAAUUACUUGAACCACCCUUGCAUCAGUCAAUUGCUUUGGAUGAGUUCGCAGAAAUUGAGGAUUCACUGAAGGAAAUCCGACGGAAACCCUCUGCGGAAGGAUUCUCGCGCAUUCUCAGUGGACUCGGUCUGCAGCGCCGCGCGAGUUCCGCGAAUCUUUCGUUAUGCAGGCGCAUGACCAGCAUGCAAAGUAUCAGCAGCCAUAUAGACGACGGUGGCAACAAUGCGAGCGGCGCAUCGCCCGACGAGGCAGACUGUUCUGUGGUCGAAGUGCCCGCCGAAGCGGGCGCGAUGUGCUGCUGCCAGAAGACGGAGUGUGAAGCAUCGAAGUGCUUUGCCGAGAAGGUCAGCGAGAUGGAGUCUGAUUUGCAGUUGAGCGCAGAAAUUGGCCAGGCACUGUUGCGCAGGCAGGAAACCAUGAUAAACCGCGCGCAGCAAGAAUCGGAGGAGCACGCGGCACAGCGCGACAAGCUACUUGAACGUUUUACACAGAGCAUCAAAGAGAACAAGAAUUUGUCGCGGCAGCUCACGCAGGCAAACAUGAAUUUGGAGGCUGCCGACCAGAGCCACCACGCACUUCUCACCGAACUGGAAGAGAUGCGCAAGCAAAUGCGCGACACCAAGAUGCACCGCGCCAAGUCUACUGGCAUGAGCGCCAAGCUUACCGUCGUGAACAACGAGCUGGAAGAUGCGAGGCAGGAGCUGCUCUUGGAGCGCCAACGCUUUGCCGCGUUGGAGAAGAGCGCAAAGCAUGCGAUGGAUGAACGUGUGUGCACACUCCAGCAAGAACUCGAAGAAGAGCGCGAGAAGCUGCGAAGAAUGCGUGCGUGUGCGGUUGCAGAAUCCAAGCAACAGUCAGCAGCAUGGCACAGCCAGCGUGCCAAGCUCGAUGCCCAUGGCACGUCUAACGGUGCACAAGGCAACGAUUUGCCGUGUGUAGACAAAGUGCAGGCGGAGGCAUGCGAUGUGCGCCCCCUUGCGCAGGACACGGACGAAAGAAUAUUGCAGCAGUGCAGCGCACGCAGCGUCUCCGGGUCGAGCGCGAGCGAGCAAGGCAGCGGCCAUCCAAGCACUGCACAUACGACGCCGACCAGCUUGUAUCAGGAGCAUUUUGAAGAGAAGGAUGCUGGGCGCCCCUCUUUUGGCGACACAUGCUCGGUGCGCACCGUUGAUCUUGACCGCUCCUUUGACAGUGGCACAAUGGAGACGAGGACGGUGCUUCUUGACGCGCUUCUUGACGCCGUCCAACGUGCCUUUUACAAGCUGGCGCAUGCCGAUAUCGACACAAUGACUGCGCGUCUGCACCGCCAAAAACUAGCAGGCGACGUGGGCCAUCUUGCACGAACAAGCGUCCAGUCUGCAGUCCGCGAUAUGGAAGGACUUCGCGAGCAUCUCAAGCGCCAAAUGGAGCGCGACUUGCGCCACACAAGGAACGGCGUGGAGCGCAAUUUGCAUGAUACCAGUCUUGUGACACGCCGCGACUUUUUUCAGCUGUUCAAGUUGCUGAAAGAAAUUAUGCUGGAGCUUGCAAAACUCCGUCGCUGUGUUAAUGAUAUCCAGCUGGACCCUGCGAAUGCGGCGAAAGUAUUGCACGAGCAUCUUGGCGUAAACACGACAGCGCCAAAAGGGUCAUGGAUUGCACGCAUGCUCACGGGCGCAAUCAGCUCAGCCGCCGAAGCAUCGGGCGUGGCGCAUGCGGCGCCGAUGAAGCCUGGGCCUGUGCCGCGGCGAGCGCCUGAACUAGUGCCGCCCAUGGUCGGCGCAGCGCCAACGUCCACGCUGCAGAGCCAUACAGUGCCUAUGCGCCACACAGGCGCCUUGCCUGCUCAUCUCACACCGCGCGCAAGCACGCUAGUGAUGCCGUCCUCGGUUGCAGUCCAAUUCGCGGGCUCGCAUGCGAGCCCCGCCGGCGCACAUUUUUCUGCAGCUUCAUUUGGGCGUGCGAGUGUAUGCAGAGGGCACGGCACAUCGCAAUUGCGUGCCAUGGACACCGAAGGGGCGCUUGGACACUGGAACAAGCCGACCGCAUUUGACAGUGCGCGUGUGCUGCGGCCGCGCGCGCGUGGCCUCAGUGAUAGCUCCAUGCACAGCACGCUGUUGGAGCACGCACCGGUUCCGUAG